GGAAGUGGUCCUGCGGUGGGAGAAAAGAGGAGCCUCGCCGAGCGGCCGUGGCAGGAAAGGAAAGGGAAAAGGACCGCGUACCCGGCCCGGUAACUGUGACCAUGUCUACGAGGAUGAUAUGCCGAAGAUUUUCAGGGCGAUCUUGUAAGGCACCGGCAUUUCUCAAGACGGAGACCGCGAAGAGCUUCCCCCACGAAGAAGAGGGCCAAAGCAUCCAAAGAAGGGGCAGAGACCCUAAACUUGCCAUUGUGCUCAAGGCUUGGAAGCCACCAGGCUACCCGUUGCAUCCUUAUCCCUCCAUUUCCCGGAAAUCCAAGUCUCUCCUUCACAAGGGUGCCCUUGGAGAAGGAGCUCUGGAGUAUGUUCGCUCCCGAACGAGCGUUAGAUGCAUCCAGAACGCGCCCAGUGUUUUCUGUCUCCCGGGACUUUCGAGAACAAAGAACAUAUUUCCAGAUUUGGGAAACGGCUACGCUUUCUGCACUCGGGCAUCCCCGAGAGACUCGUGGCUGCGGUCCUCCGCAAGGAACGACAAGGACGAGGCCCAUUCCAAGCCUCAAGGCAGUAAGGAAGUGGCUAGACAAUUCCAGAAGCAAAGGCCCGGGUACAAAUCUCUGUGUUACAACCCCGAUGAACGCCGUCAGCCCCUUUCGGCCGAGGAGUGUCAUUUCAUCCUCCAGAACGUUUCCGUGCUGAAAGAAUACAUGAAGCCCAAGGACAUCGUGAAGUCUUUCUCCCGGCUGAGCCAUUUGCCCGCAGAAAAACACCGGGAGUUCAAAUCUGGCUCCAGAUUCGCGGUGCUGUGUCAGGGCGUCGCCAAGAACGCCCGCCUGUUCGGCAACGCGGAGCUGAUCAUGCUUUUGAAGGCCUUUGUUGCCUUGGGCAUCCCGCCCGCCCACUAUAUGUUGAAGGCCCUAGAAGCCGAAUUCGUCCGACGGGUGGAGGACCUGAGUUUGGAUCAGCAACUGCUGGUAGCCGAUCUCUGGCGUUGCCUGAAUUGCAGGGUCCCCCAAUAUCUGGGUGCCAUGUUGAACGAUAUCAACGUGAAUUGGAAGGAUCUGUCUUUGACUCAGUUGGUCCAGCUGGCUUACAUCGUCGGCGAAGGCCGAAUGGUCCCGGAAGAGUUAGCAAAGAAAUUGGAGGCCUCGGCUUUGAAGCAUUUGCAGGCCCUCAGUCUGGAGGAAGUCGGGAUCAUCUGCUUAGGCUUCUUCAAGUCCCAAAGCAAUAUGUCCGAACUCCUCUUGAGAAAAAUCGGAGACAAAAUUUGCGGCUCCUUGGGCGACAUGAGCAGCUUUGCCAUCGUGAAUGUGCUCAAGAUGUUCCGCGGGGUUCACCUGGACCACUUGGACUUCCUCAAGGAGCUGGGGCACGUCAUUCCUCCCAGAAUUGCCACUCUCAGCAUGCCAGGGGUCAUGCACAUCGCGUUCGCCUGCUCCUCGUUGCAUUACUGCGACGGAGACAUCCUGGACGCGAUUGCGGCCACGGUCCCUUCCAAGGCAGCAGCGUGCCGUACCAAAGACAUCGCGAAAUUGCUGUGGUCCUUUGGAACCUUGAACUACCAGCCUCCCAACGGAGAAGAGUUUUACACCAGCUUGUUGGAACAGCUGGAAUCGAGGCUCUUCGAAUACAAUAAAUUCCCUGAGCACCUGAUCACUUCCUUAAUCGGGUUGGCCUUUUUGGAGCGUUUCCCCUACGAUUUGCUGGACUACACUUUGAGUCCCGAGUUUAUUGAGUUAAGCAGAAGCUGUAAACAUGACCUCUGGAAAGAUUUUUUCACCCUCGACGGCACGGUGGGAAUCGAGUGUCCGGGCUACACCGGCAGCCGUCUGAGUAGCCAAAGCAAGGAAGAGAUGGCGGGGAAAAUGCAGAAUUAUUUCUUGAAGCAGGAAUUUGAUGCGGCUUGGUACCUUCUGGAGGAGAUACUGGGCGGCCCUCAGUUUGUCAAGCUCCAUGCCGUCCUGCCUCACGUCAGGUCCGUGGAUUUAGAAAUCCGUUUGGACGCCGACCGGAAGCCGUUGCCGUUUAAUCCGGAAGGCGCAGACGGAGGGCGCUUGGAACUGAAAAAAAACGGCACCCUCCUGACCGAUAACAUCAUUCAGCGGCUUCUGAAAGGAAAAUCACUCGGCCCGCCCGGCCGAGAAAGCGAGAAAGAUCAGUAUAUUCAGGAAAGGGCAGAGUCGCGCGGACUGCCUGUUUGGAAAAAAAUUGAAUUUCCCGAUGCCGACCCUGGUUUGGAGACUUCGGCUGGUGGGAAAGUGGAAGGACAACCGUCUCCGACAAACCAGGAGCCGCGGGAAUGUGUGAAGUUAGCCCUUCAGGUCACCAAUCGAAACCAAUACCGGUAUCACUCGAGAGAGCUGCUGGGACUCCAUGCUAUGAAAAGGAGACAGCUCCGUCGAAUUGGGUACAUACCAGUAGAACUGCCUUUUUGGGAGUGGUUCCCGUUACUCAAAUGUAACCGGGAGGAACAGCGGAAGUAUUUGUACCAGAAAGUGUUUGAAAGGUAGCCAGAACAUUCCGUAGAAGCGGCUUCAAAACCCUCGCGGCGAUGGCUUGAGUUUUGAGCUUUUGAGAUGACGUAGGAUGGAAGCCCCAUCUUGCGAACCAGACUUGUGUUUUCCAAGCUGCUUAAUUUCUGAUUCCCUCUCCCUCUGCGAGGGUUGUGGUUAAUAUAUUUGAAGAGGGGUAAUGCUAGCUUUCAUCCUGGGCCUCUUGUGAGGGCGAAAGGAUUUCACUGUCAUCCUUAAGAAAAUAAAAUGUAAUUUCUAAUGCAAUUGGAUUUCACUUAGGCUUCAUAAC